AUGAGACCUCCUCGUUCGACCACAUCCGUCGAAGCAGGUAUGGAAAACAUACAAAAAUCGUUAGAAGGGCUGAGUCUGGAGGAAAAGGUGGCAAAACUCGUAAAACGAUUAGCCGAUAGUGAAGAAAACAAUGUGAAGUUAAAGGAAAAGGCAGCUCAGGUGGAAAAGCUGACCAAAGCCAAUACAACCCUAGAGAAGAAGUUGGAGAAGGCCAACCAAAUCCUGUUGAAAACAGAGGACGCCAAGGGAAAACUCGAGGAUUUGUGUCGAGAAUUACAGAAAAUGAACAGGCAGGCUAGUGUUUUCGUAUUUUUCUUCUCUUUGCUUUGA